AUGGGUCAUAUUGUGCUCACAUGCAUUUAUCGCUUUGACCAAGCAUAUACAUCUGUUGCUUCUGCCUCUGCCCACUAUACUGCCUCAACCUAUGCCAUUGACGGUGCCUGGUACCUUGACACGACAGCCACAAAUCACAUAACUAGUGACAUUGCCAACCUCAACCUCCAGUCUGACGAAUACCAAGGCUUGGAUCAAUUGCGAUGGCCACCACCACCACCACCACCACCACCACCACCACCACAUGCCCACAUCUCCAUUUCCUCAACCAUACCUGAGAUCUCAUCAUGCUUGUCUGCUGCCCAGAAUUUCCCAGAAUGGAGGCAAGCCAUGUCAAAAGAGUUUAACGCCCUUCUAGUCAAUGAUACUUGGACUUUGGUCCCUGCCUCUGAGGCUACUAACGUUGUGUCAUGUAAGUGGGUUUUUAGAACAAAGAAACUUGCAGAUGGAACAAUUGAAAGGAGAAAAGCACGGUUGGUUGCAAAGGGGUUUCAUCAACAUGAAGGUCUAGAUUAUGAUCAAACCUUCAGUCCAGUGGUAAAAGCCACAAUAAUUCGACUUGUUCUUUCCCUUGAUGUGACCAACAGAUGGCACAUCCAACAAUAUGAUGUGUAA